AUGGCUGGAACCGCCGAAGAAUACAUCGACUUAUCACAAACCAUGCUUCAUGUACUGCUAAAAAUUGUCAACCCAGACAACACAGCCCUCGCGGAAGAUGCACCAGUAGGACCCAUCAAUCUGCUGCUUCCUUCACUUUUCAGCCAGAUAGAUGUGAAACUGAAUGAGACUCUCGUUUCUCAACCAUCAAAUACAAACGCUUAUAGAGCUUACUUAGAUGUGUUAACCCACUAUGGACACGAUUCGAUGACAUCCCAGUUGACCCAGCAGUUAUUUUACAAGGACGAGGCUGGCUAUUUUGACGUAGUAAACCCCCUCCUACCUCAAGUGGAAGCGAACGCUGGUUUGAAAAAGAGACAGAAAUUUACGAGUCAGAGUAAAACUUUAUCACUACUGGGACCCUUGUAUGGAGACAUUUUUUUCCAAGAGCGGCUCAUGCUUCCAGGUGUGGACGUUAAAAUCAAGCUCAACCGAAACAAAGAUGGUUUUUGCCUGCUCACAUCGGACGCUACGUCCAAAUACAAGAUCAUGAUAGAGAAGGCUACCCUCUACGUCAGGAAGGUGAAAGUCAACCCGUCAGUGAUGCUGUCGCAUGCAAAAGGGCUAGAAAACACUCCUGCCAAGUAUCCAAUAAACAAAGUAGACGUGAAAUCCUUUACCAUUCCAGCCGGAAAUAUGUCCAUUAAUAAAGACAAUCUUUUUCUAGGACAGAUCCCUAACCGUAUCAUCAUAGGAUUUGUGGAUAAUGACUCUUUCAACGGGAGCUACAGAAAAAACCCUUAUAAUUUUAAGCAUUAUAAUUUAAACUACAUUUCAAUAACUGUGGAUGGAGAGCCCCUUCCCAUGAGGCCUCUGCGCCCUUGUUUCGAAGAGGGCGGGAACCAGAACUAUAUUGAAGCCUACAAUACCCUGUUUAUGGGAACCAGCCGCUUAUUCUCAGACCAUGGAAUAGCUAUAAAUAGGGAAGAAUAUGCCCAAGGAUACACACUUUACGCAUUUGAUCUCACCCCCGAUUUAAGUGAUGGCUGUCAUCUUAAUCUUGUCAAGGAAGGGAACGUACGUCUCGAAGCAGGUUUUGAUGCUGCGUUGCCCAACACAGUGAAUUGUAUCGUUUACUCUGAAUCACAAGGACUUAUCCAGAUUGAUAGGAGUAGAAAUGUCAUCUAUGAUUUCAAGGCUUAA